ACGACAUUCCUUUGUCUCUGUGUGGGCUGUAGACUAGUAGUAGUGAUCGAUGUGAUCUCUGCAUUUCCUCCACCUUCUUCCCUCGCCAUGGCGAUGCCACAGCACCAAGUUCAACAACAGCCGAAACCUUUGAGAGAUUUAUUGCCCAUAGAUGGUCAGAUGCCAGCACCGAUUGCCUUCUUCAACGCUACAAGUUUCGCUGAUCAAUCUCAUCCCCAAUAUAUCCCUCCAUUUCAUGUAGCCGGAUUCGCUCCUGGUCCGACUCCUGCAGCGGGUUGUGGCGGCGGCGGAGUUGGUGGUGGUGGUUGUGAUUUGCGAUGGAGUGGUGGUUCGGAAGCGAAGAUGAAAAGGAUGAAAGAGCAGGAUUUCUUGGAGAACAACUCCCAGAUAUCUUCGGUGGACUUUUUGCAGACACGAUCGGUUUCGACGGGGUUGGGAUUAUCUCUGGAUGAUAGGCGUAUAACCUCCUCGGGUGACUCACCUCUUUUCUCGCUCUUAGAUGACGAUAUCGAUCGGGAACUGCAGAGACAGGAGGCGGAGAUGGAUCGAUUCGUCAAAGUUCAGGGCGAGCGGAUGAGGCAAGCAAUCUUAGAGAAGGUCCAGGUGAAUCAACUCCAAACUUUCUCAAUUGCAGAAGAAAGGAUCCUCCAGAAGCUCCGUGAGAAAGAAGCAGAGGUUGAAGAUAUAAAUAAGAAAAAUACAGAGCUUGAGGAGCGAAUGAAACAGUUAAACAUGGAAGCAGGUGCUUGGCAUCACCGAGCAAAAUGCAAUGAGAACAUGAUCACUACCCUCAAAUUCAAUCUCCAACAAGUCUUUGCUCAGAGCAGGGACAGCAAGGAAGGAUGUGGUGACAGUGAGGUAGAUGACACUGCCUCUUGCCGCAAUGGUGGAUCUGUUGAUUUCCAACUAGUUGGUAAAGAGAACAAAGAUCUGAAGGAGCUGAUGACUUGUAAAGUUUGCAGAGUGAAUGAAGUGUGCAUGCUUUUGUUGCCUUGCAGGCAUUUGUGCCUGUGUAAAGAAUGUGAGAGUAAGCUUAGCUUCUGUCCACUAUGUCAGUCCUCAAAAUUUAUUGGAAUGGAGGUCUAUAUGUAAUGGGAAUGCUUUCAUAUGAUAUCAAAGUUAUACAUGUGUCAAUGUUAUUGAUCUUGUGUAUCCUGAUGAUCUUUAGUGUUUGAUGUUAUCUUUCUCCUUUGCAUCCUCAUUUUAUUUAGAAGACAGCUUGUUACUAAGGAGUCGAGCAUGAUUUGAUGAAAGACUUCCAACUAA